AUGUAUACUUCUACACGUCAAUCAAUAAGAAGUAUAAGCAAAAGAUUUUUUGCCUCAUCAACAAUUAGACAACAAGUUGUUGGUUCAAAUGUUAAAGGUAAAGAUUUUGAUGCAGCUAAAUAUAUGAGCCAAAAAUAUCAUGUUGUUGAUCAUGAAUAUGAUUGUUUAGUUGUUGGUGCUGGUGGUGCUGGUUUGAGAGCUGCAUUCGGUUUAGCAUCAGAAGGUUUUAAAACAGCUUGUGUUUCAAAAUUAUUUCCAACAAGAUCUCAUACAGUUGCUGCUCAAGGUGGUAUAAAUGCUGCUUUAGGUAACAUGCAUCCAGAUGAUUGGCAUUGGCAUUUUUAUGAUACAGUUAAAGGUUCAGAUUGGUUAGGUGAUCAAGAUGCUAUUCAUUAUAUGACAAAAGAAGCUCCAGCUUCGAUUUAUGAAUUAGAAAAUUAUGGUGUUCCAUUUUCAAGAAAUGAUGAAGGUAGAAUUUAUCAAAGAGCUUUUGGUGGUCAAUCAAAAGAAUAUGGUAAAGGUGGUCAAGCUUAUAGAACUUGUGCUGUUGCUGAUAGAACUGGUCAUGCUUUAUUACAUUCAUUAUACGGUCAAUCAUUAAGACAUGAUUGUCAUUUUUUCAUUGAAUUUUUUGCUAUGGAUUUAUUAAUGCAAGAUGGUAAAUGUAUUGGUAUUACUGCUUAUAAUGAAGAAGAUGGUACUUUACAUAGAUUUUUCGCAAAUAGAACUGUUAUUGCUACUGGUGGUUAUGGAAGAGCUUACUUUUCAUGUACUUCUGCUCAUACUUGUACUGGUGAUGGUUAUGCUAUGGUUUCAAGAGCUGGUUUGCCAUUGGAAGAUUUAGAAUUUGUUCAAUUCCAUCCAUCAGGUAUUUAUGGUUCAGGUUGUUUAAUUACUGAAGGUGCUAGAGGUGAAGGUGGUUUCUUGGUCAACUCAGAAGGUGAAAGAUUUAUGGAAAGAUAUGCACCAUCAGCUAAAGAUUUAGCUUCAAGAGAUGUUGUUUCAAGAGCUAUUACUAUGGAAAUUAAUGAAGGUAGAGGUGUUGGUCCAGAAAAAGAUCAUAUGUAUUUACAAUUAUCACACAUUCCAGCAGCUGUUUUGAAAGAAAGAUUACCAGGUAUUUCAGAAACUGCUCAUAUUUUUGCAGGUGUUGAUGUUACAAAAGAACCAAUUCCAAUUUUACCAACUGUUCAUUAUAAUAUGGGUGGUAUUCCAACCAAUUGGCAAGGUGAAGUUUUGAAAAAAGGUCCAGAUGGUAAAGAUGAAGUUGUUCCAGGUUUAUUAGCUUGUGGUGAAUCUGCAUGUGCUUCAGUUCAUGGUGCAAAUAGAUUAGGUGCUAAUUCAUUAUUAGAUUUAGUUGUUUUUGGUAGAGCUGUUUCACAUACUAUUAGAGAUAAUUUAAAACCAGGUGAACCAAUUGCUACUCAUCCAAAAGAUAUUGGUUAUGAUUCAAUUGCUAAUUUAGAUAAAUUAAGAAAUGCUAAUGGUUCAAGAUCAACUGCUGAUAUUAGAUUAGAUAUGCAAAAAACUAUGCAAAAAGGUUGUGCUGUUUUCAGAACUCAAGAAACUUUAGAUAAAUGUGUUGUACAUAUUAAUGAAAUUGAUAAAGCAUUUGCUGAUGUUAAAACCACUGAUAGAUCAAUGAUUUGGAAUUCAGAUUUAGUUGAAACUUUAGAAUUACAAAACUUGUUAACUUGUGCUACUCAAACUGCCGCAUCAGCAGCUGCUAGAAAAGAAUCAAGAGGUGCUCAUGCAAGAGAUGAUUAUCCAGACAGAGAUGAUGUUCAUUGGAGAAAACAUACUUUAUCUUAUCAAGAAGAAUUUGGAGCACCAGUCAAAUUAGAUUACAGGGCAACCGUUAACCACACUUUGGAUAAUGAUGAUUGUAAACCUGUACCUCCUGCUAAGAGGGUCUAUUAG